UGCUAUUUGCCGAUUAACGAGCAGACGUCUACACACAUGUGAGGUUUUCCGAGCACGUGUUCGUUCUGGGAAUAGCAAAUAAUCGUCAACAUGGAUGUCGAUGUUGAUGAUGCUCUUCUUGCUUAUCACGCUUUUAUAAUUUUAACUGGAGGAUAUUUACUGCUAAAAAUGAAAAGGAAACCUAGAAGAAGGAGAUGGUGGGCGGUAUCCGUAAAUCGUAAUAGAAGCCAGUACAGCGGUACAAACUUAUUAGCAGAUUUGUUAAAAGAGCCUUCUGGACAGUUCCAAAACUUCUGUAGAAUGUCUAAUGAAGAUUUUAGUUCACUACUAGCAAAAGUAACACCUUUGAUUGCUAAGAAAGAUACAAAGUGGAGGAAAGCAAUACCACCGAAUGAACGUUUAGCCAUAACCUUACGAUUCCUAGCAACAGGAGAUAGUUUUAAAAGCCUGCAUUACUUGUUUAAAGUAUCACCCCAAAUAAUAUCAGAGAUAAUUCCAGAAGUAUGCAGCUCAAUAAUUGAAGUACUGAAGGAUGUUAUUAAGGAGGGUCGUGGAGGGAAGAUACCGCUGAUAUGACAUCUAUGUUACCUCUACAGAAAGUGCCUAGGAAGCCAGGUACCGCAGCAAAGGAAUACAGAGAAGAGUUUGCUGAAUACUUUAUGAACAAUGGAAAAAUCCCCUGGCAAAAUGACUACAGUUAAAUACAUGUGUACCCUGUACCAUU